AUGGGGAGCAAAGAAGUUGUGUCAGUCUACUUGAUUGUUUCCCUUUUUGCUGCCAUUUUUGUCUCCCAAGGAGUAGCUCAAACGCAAACACCUCCGACACUUCCGGGACUUUUUCCACCUGGCUUAGUACCUGUUGAUCUUGUCAAAUGUUGGUCGUCCCUCUUCAACGUUGAAGGAUGUGUGCUUGAAAUCUCCAAAUCAAUUUUCUCUGGAAAAUUUGAAAAUGUUGAAGCAGCAUGUUGCAAAGUGUUUUCGACCUUAGAUGCAAACUGUUGGCCUCAAAUGUUUCCGUUGAAUCCUUUCUUCCCUCCUCUCCUCAAGGACAAUUGUGCUCGCAUCGUCCCAAAGUCCCCUUCACACAAUUGA